AUUAGUUUGUAUUCUCACUUUGAGUUUUUCGUUAGUUCGUUUUGUUGAUCCUUAAACUCACACAAUCAUGUCAAAAUUUAUAGUAUUCUGUAGCAUCAAGAAUGGCCUGUUGCAGCCUUAUAAUCAUUUAGCGAAGGUGGUCAAUGUUCGGGGCAUUAAAUAUACCCUAGGAUCACUGUCCAAGAAGCGCACCAACUUCUCUCCAGAGCUGGAAAAGACCCUUCACACGGAGAACAACUUCGAUCGCAUUAAAACGCUCGCCGGUUACGUACGAGAGCAUAGUAAAUGGUUUAGAAAAAAUGAAAAGGGCAAUCUUAAUUUUUACAACUAUUUGCUUUUGGACCCGCGAGUAACAAACAAACUGAGCGAGCGGGCCAACCAUCUUCACAAGAUGGAUGUGUGGUAUACCUUUCUGCGAUCCAUAUUUUACGUUGGCAAGGGCAAAUCUCUGCGCCCACUGGUUCAUUUAAACCAGGCCAAACAAGUGAUGCUGAAUAACAAUAAAAUAACGUUGGCCAAAGACCCAAAGUUGGCGCUUAUCGUAUCUAUUUGGAAUGACAAGCGGGGUGUCCUGCUACUGCCUGCAUUUCGGGGUAUCUCAUCACGGGAUGCGCAGACCCGUGAGGCAUCCAUGAUUGUUGCGCUCGGCAUGAAUCACUUGGCCAAUAGGCGGUUGGGCGUUUACUGGGGACCGGCCAAAGAAAAGUUUACAAGACGGCAGCGGAAAUACAUGGGAAUAGCAUUGCUAUACAAGCUAAUGCUGCGCUUUCUGGCUACCGAUGAAAGGGAGCUGCUUCCGGACGUUGACAAACGAUCCCUUACCUUCAAAGCUGCAAUGGCUUCUUAAUAUAUUUAUAAAUACAGUUAUA